CCCAUCACAUUGUUGUAUACCCAUUACAUCAUUGUUUCCAGGUUUUCCAUGACCGGUAUGCACCCUGUAUGGUAGUUGAAAAACUGAGGUAUGCGGUAGUAUGAGAACUGAGGUACCAUAUACAUCGUGGUAUGCAAUGUACUUACUUAUUACCUUCAUUUCACAUUUACUUGCAGUAUUUUGAUCCAUCUCUGAUCUAUACAUAUGUGUUACGAUAUUUCUAAACCAUUUCAUUGAUCUCUGCUAGUAAAAGCUCCUUGUUCCCUGCAGAUGUUAUAGCUCACCACAUUAAGAGUGUGGUCCUAAUCACAUUAAGAGUGUGGUCCUCAUCACAGUUUGAGUGGCAACUGGUGAGGUGCACACCAUAGACUCGUAGAUCUUUGCUGUGAGAGUCUCGUCUGUGAUUUAUCUUAUGAUGUUAGGGCAUGGCCACACUGCUUCACCCUUGUAUGGUCAAGCCACUUCCUCCUGUGGGAGCACAGUGCCCUUGUCCCACAUGUUCCUUACUUUGAGUUCUGCAGGUUGCAGGACAUCAGAGAUGCUGAUUAUGCCCACGGACCCUGUCAUCAAGGUGGCAGGACAGAUGCGUCCGCUUGCUGCCCUUAACCUCACUCAGGAUCAUCCAGAGAACCCUGUGAAUCCACCAGUCUGUCAAGCAGAUUGUACAAAGAGAUUAGCCCCUGUGGAGGGGUCACCAUCCUGCAUCACAGUCAAACGUGUGUCAAACUCCACUGCUACUGAAGUCACCGAAGCUUCCAUACAUGAAAGUUGCUGCACAGCAUCUUGUUCUGAAGAGUGUCUUGCUAGUGAUGUUAAUGAAAUGAGGGCACUGGGGGAACGUGAGGGUGUUGAAGAGGAGAGGGUCUAUGGGGCAACAGCUCAUGUGACGUCGUCAGGGAAGUUGUACGUGGGGGAGUAUGAUGGCGUCACCCGCGGCAAACUGCGCCAGAUAUUCGUCAAGGGCUUCGUGAAGGACGUGGCGGUGGUCAAGGGUCUCCUCAUAUUCCUGACCUCCGACGGCCAGGCUUUCUGUCGUCACUUGCAGGACGCGCCGCCCGCCACGAAGGAUAGCGCGGGUGGUGGUGUCUCAGACGUGGGUCGUGGCGUUAGCGCUGAAGGAGAGACAGGGACCUCUAAGAACCCUGAUCUCACAGCUCCCCGGUCAUCUGACGAUGAUAACGAGGACCAUCUGGCUGACCCGGCGAUCAUUAGGCUGUCCCUGGGUGCACCAACUGAGUUAUGUAGCCAUGACCUGCCACUGCGGCGCCCUGCCAUCACCGUGGCAGCGGUGGCAGCUGGCGCCGACCACGUUUUGUUCCUGUCCAAUAACAACGAAGUGUGGCAAGCAUCAGCUGAACAAAUUAUGCCUGUGCUGCGACUGUCCUAUGCCAGGGGCCGUUGCUCAUCUUGUGGCACUGACACGGGUGGCAGUCAUGGUGACACUGGCACUGUUAUCAAUAACAGUGAAUCUCAGAUUUCCAAGAAUCGCAGCUCACGUGAUACUCACGGCUACCGUGUGUGUGGUAGUAGCGGCAAUGCACACAAUAAACACGAGUCUUGUUUGUUUAGGAGUAGGACUUUCAGAAUACACCCAUCCAGAGUGAGGAUCCCUGCAGGGAGAAAGAUCCUGCAGAUAGCAGCAGGACCUCAUUUCUCUGCUGCUCUGGUGCGAGACGAAGAUAGUGACUCAGACGACAGCUAUAGUGAGGAUGGCAGCGAUAAGGUGUGUCAUGUUGACCCACACGAAGUAAAUAUUAAUGGCGAUGCAUCUUGUGUAACGGAGGCAAACUGUAAAGGAGGUUCCCCAUGCAUGGGAACUCCAUCUUUGUUGGGGAAGAGUGCCUACUGCAGCAGCGCUGCAGGUGAUAACUCCUCCAACAAUGGGGAGGGAUCGAGUGGCAGUGAACCAAAAGGCUCGCCGGACCGCGACUUUCGUGUGGUUGAUUCGGUCAUGGCGGACGAGUUAGAAAAUACGACGGUUAAAGAUGAAGCUCCAAGCUGUGAUACAAUAACCAACGCUGACAUAGCAAGGCAAUUCAUUUCUAGGCAGCUCAGUAGGAUGACAGCACCAAUGCUGGACGCACAAGGCUCGAGCCAGAAGCCCCAUGCCGUGUGCGAGACUGACGCUGCGGGCGCGUCGCACGCACAUCCGCCCGCGACGACGACCAGCGCGGCACUGAAACCUGACGCAGGCAACUUUCAGGCGGAUGCCGGCCUUGGUUUUUUCCCGGCCCUCGUUGAGGUAAAAUCUGAGGAUUUGAAAAAUAGUGUCAGGUAUUCACUGGAUUUGGCGUCGGAUUUAAUAAGCAAAAACGUCGCCCACGCGGCCACGAGUGCGACCGCUGCUGCCAGCUCCGCCGCCAGCCUUAUGGCCACGGGUGUACGGGGCGUCACGGACAGGGUAGGCACUCUGACCAAGCAGUUCUCCCGCCCUGAAGGCGAUCAAGAAAGAACUGCGGAUGGUAAUUUAAAUUCCGGAAAAAUAUUACAAAGACGCGACUCGGAAGCCACGUGUUCAUCCACAUUGUCGGAUGGAUCGUCCGACUCGGUGACUGAGUUUUGUUACUUGGGUCCAAAAAACAGUGAAGAAAUUAGAGAAGAAGCAUCAGAAACAGAGAGCCCAAUACCCGUUGAUGACACUCCUGCCCCUCCUUCCUCUGAGUUUGCCCCUCCUUGGUCCGCCCCUCCGUCCUCUCCUACUCUGGAGCCAAAAAAUGCAAGCAAAAGGAUAAGUCAUGUCCGCUCCGCCUCUGCCACCGCCAGUCUCGACUCCCCACAAGGGUCGUCAGAGGGCAGUGGCGCCUUUCCCCUCAGUCGCGAAAAGCGCGGCAACUCCGCCCAUUGCAUUGCUAAUCACUGUCAAUAUUGCCAGAAUUCCAUGGCUUGCGCGGGCAAUAACUUGGCUGGCUGUGGCGGUCUGGCAGGGUGCCAGCAAAGAGAUGUCCUCUCGUGCAUCGACACAUCGACCAGCUUCUUCGACUCUCUUGGCCGCACGUCCAUCAACAAUAUACGACUUGGCAACCUCGCGAACAGCCGCCAUGAUCGAAUAAACACAAAAUUCAAGACUGCUUCCCCAAAAAGCGGGGUUAAGGGGAAGGAUGGGUUAUUCUGCCCCGCCUGGUCUUCCCUCAAGAACGUCCAUGUUGGGGGGAACCGCAAGGAGGAUGAUGACGUCAGGCUGAGAGCCAUGGUGGAGCGCAGCGCCAGGAUAAUGUCCUCCGAGGUUUUGGUGUGGGGCCAGUCCAGCGGGUCCACUGAAGCAAACCCCCUCUGUCGGGUCCAGGGCCUCAGCGGCCGUGCCAUCACCAAGCUCGCCUGUGGGGCCUCCUUCGUCGCUGGCCUCACCAUCGACGGACAGAUCUUGGUGUGGGGCGACACCUUCUUCACCCCAUCAGCUACCCCACCUACCCUCUCCUCCCUUCUCAAGUUCUCCCCCAAAUCCCCGCCUGUGGGGCUCCCCAUCCCCACGCACCCAAUGACCCCUGGGGACGAGGAGAUAAAGGUCCUCUACGAGCCGGAACCCCAUGUCCUCCCCCUUCCCUCUCUGGGGUCUGACGAGGGGGAUCUUUUCGACUCCCCCUCGUCCGUGGCCGAUGAAAACGUGGCCGAAAAUCCCCCUGGAAACUUCAACGUCCCGGUAGCAAUCACCUCAAGCCAUAAGGAUCGUUUGAUGGAGACUAAGACAAAUAAGGACUUUUCUACUUUAUCCUCUUCCAGUUUAUCUUGUUCCACUUUAUCCUCUUCCACUUUAUCCUCUUCCACUUUAUCCUCUUCAGCUUUAGCCUCUUCAGCUUUAUCCUCUUCCACUUUAUCCCCUUCCGCUUUAUCCUCUUCCACUUUAUCCCCUUCCACUUUAUCCUCUUCAGCUUUAUCCUCGUCCGUUUUAUCCUCUUCUUCUUUGUCCUCUUCCACGUUAUUCUCUUCCGCUUUAUGCUCUUCCACUUUGUCCUCUUCCACUUUAUCCUCGUCCACUUUAUCCUCGUCCACUUUAUCCUCUUCUGCUUUGUCCUCUUCCACUUUAUCCUCUUCCGCUUUAUGCUCUUCCACUUUGUCCUCUUCCACUUUAUCCUCUUCCACUUUGUCCUCUUCCACUUUGUCCUCUUCCACUUUAUCCUCGUCCACUUUGUCCUCUUCUGCUUUGUCCUCUUCUGCUUUGUCCUCUUCCACAUUAUCCUCCUCCACUUUAUCCUCUUCAAGUCCUCCAGGUUCUUCUGUAAGCAAUCUAGUCCACUCGAGUCCCGAGACCCUGGUUACGAAAGACAGGUCAAGUCCCCAGCUGGGAGCUGGGGACUCGAGCUCCAAGUCCACGGACCAACAAGGAGAGAAUGUCCCGCUUGAGGACAAACGGGAUGAAAACCGCGGCAACAAGGACGAAAUAAAGGCACUUUCGUCAGGCGAGGGCCACGCCUUGACCAAGGAGGCUGAGGGCCACGCCUUGACCAAGGAGGCUGAGGGCCACGCCUUGACCAAGGAGGCUGAGGGCCACGCCUUGACCAAGGAGGCUGAGGGCCACGCCUUGACCAAGGAGGCUGAGGGCCACGCCUUGACCAAGGAGGCUGAGGGCAACGAUCAAGGGCAGGUCUCUAAGGGCGGCCACAGCCGUCCUGUGCCCAAGGGCUUCAUCACGGAGCGGGUGCUGGAGGGGUGCGGGGGACAUGUGGGGGGCGCAAGGCGGGCCCGGGACGUGGGGGCCGCGGGGGACCAGGUCAUCGUUGCCUCGUCCCUGGAGGGGGACGUGUUCCUGGCCCAGCUGGUGACCCGAGCCACAGAGGCUGGGGUUGGUAAUUCAUCCCCAAAAUCAGGGAUAAACAAACCGCUCCUCACGGGAGAGUUCUGGCGGGUGCCUGUGGGCGUGGGGGAGCGCUGCUCCCACAUCCUCUGUGGGGGAGACAGCGUCGUCACCCACGGGGCCCCUCCCUCCAAAGAGAUGGUGAAGUUCCUGAUGGGGGAGCUGCAGCUGCUACAGCUGCUGCUGCCUGCACAGCAGCUGCUCCUGCAGCCUCUGCAGCUGCUGCUGGAGGCUUCCUUGUGGCCUCCUCAGCUGCACGACGAGCACGUAUACGUGGGGACCAAUACUAAUGAUCUCAUGGCAACAUCUGGCAACUCCUUUGUGACGUCUGGCAGCUCCGUAGUGACGUCUGGCAACUCAGUAGUGACGUCUGGCAGCUCCGUAGUGACGUCUGGCAACUCCGUAGUGACGUCUGGCAGCUCCGUAGUGACGUCUGGCAACUCCGUAGUGACGUCUGGCAGCUCCGUAGUGACGUCUGGCAACUCAGUAGUGACGUCUGGCAACUCAGUAGUGACGUCUGGCAGCUCCGUUGUGGCGUCUGGCAACUCCGUAGUGACAUCUGGCAACUCCGUAGUGACGUCUGGCAGCUCGGUAGUGACGUCUGGCAACUUAGAAGUAUCUUUUAAAAAUGUGUCUAUAUCUGGCAGCUCAAAAACGGCUCUUGAUAACUCUUUGGCAACUACUAGCAACUUUAACCUACUUUUAAACGAAAAUAUUUCCGUCAGGGAGAACAUGGAAGUUGAAAAUAGUUUAGUUAUAAACAAUAUGACGACCAGUAGUAACCAUGGCAACCGCAGCGACUUGUCUUCCUGUGAAACACACCAGAUCUCCACUUACUGUGAUAUUUGCCCUAAUUUGUACAGAAAACGUGUGGAUAGAAAUAAGUUUUCACAAAAAACAUCUCACAACAACCGGGGUAACGCUAGCCCCAAAACAUUCGGUGGGGUAGAAUCCCCAACGCAAUUCGAGGGGUUAGUGUCCCCUCAUGGCUCCCCCAGCGUGGGUAGGAGGAGACCCAAGCGGGGCUACAGGACCUCCCACUGCCGCCUCCAUGGGGAGGACAAGAGAGAAGCCUUCCUCCUGUGGCGCCUCCUGAGGACCCUACAGGAUGUGGUGCAGGUGUUGGUGGGUGGUGCUGAGGCUGUUAAUCAGGCGCAGGUCUCGCCCGUGUGUGACGUCAUACAUCUCCCCCUCAUCUCCCAGUGUGAUGUACUGUGCCAAAUUUUGGCCCAGUACUGUGAUGACGUGUGUGAUGCUACUUCGUCUGGGCUCCUGACACUUUAUGAAGAUGAUGCAUUGAGCAUCAUAAAGCAUGCCAUACCCGCGAUGGUGCAUCUCAUACCCCCCAACAUACUACCAAAGUCAUACCAAAACCAGGAUUAUUCGAACAAUGAAAAUUAUUGUGGUACUCCCUCGACGCCUAAAGAAAACGAUCGCGUGAAGAAAACGACGAAAAAAGAAAACGGGCGAUCAAAGAAAACUGAGGAAACAACUGCGACGAGGAGAAACUCCUCCAAGUUCCGGGGUUCAUCUUUUGCAUCGUUGGUGGAUAAAAGAGGAUCAGAUGUGUCGGAUGAAGAGGCGAAUGCAGUUUUUGAGUGGCUGGUGCAUCAGCCGCUCGAGAGGAUAAGUGAUUACGACUUGCUAUUGUGGGAAAUUUUGAGGGGGGACCAUCCUAGCCCUGUCGUGACUCUGGUCCAAACUGCACGUGCAAGAUGGCGGAACCUACAGCUUCUGGUCACCGAGGGCCUCUCAGAGGCCAACGAGACUCUCAAGUUCAUUAAGUCAUUGCCCUCAAACGCUCCCCUCAAAUCAACGUGUCGUCUCAUCCUGGACUCGCGUCAGACGUCAGCUGUUCGCCUAACGUCAGCGGCAAACACGGGUUUUUUGUCAGCCUUGUCGCUGUCGUCGUCAGGGUUUGUAGCGUUGACGUCAGAUGCGCUCCUGCAAGUCAGCCACAGCGCCGUCAGCUCCUUCCCUCUGGGGCUGCUCUGGCUGGAUCCCCCAGAGCUGGGCAACCAGACGACCCUGUCCCUGCAGCUGCCAGAGGAUCGCCUGCAGCUCUCCUGUAGCAGCAUAGACGACCGCCGCCUGUGGGGCACCCGCCUCUCGUCUGCGGUCGCCUGCUGCGUCGCCACGGAGGACUGCUGCCCUUCCACCGCCUGCAGGAGGCGCCCCGGGGGCGUGUUGCUCACAUGGCAGCAGAUCUGUCACCCUAACCCAUAUAGCUCCCUUUUCUGGGAGUGUAGCUCCUACGGAUGGUGGAAGGACACCCGCGUACCCCCCGCCACGCGUCAUGCAUGCUACACUUUCACCCGUCACCCGCAGUACCGCGGGGCGACAUACACGGGGGAGUGGGUGUCAGGCAAGCCUCACGGACAAGGGGCCCUCGCGUGGCCCGAUGGAUCCACCUACGAGGGGGAGUUGAAGGGGGGCCAGUUCUGGGGCCAAGGGGUACUUCGGGUGACCUGCGGCCUCCCCGGCAUCUUGGAUGGGGGACUUGUGGGUGCCGCGUACUGUGGGGGGGAAUGGGAGGCGGGGAAAAUGUGUGGGUGGGGGGAGAUAAGGCACCACAACGGGACCACGUACGCGGGGUACUUGCAGAACAAUUUGUACGAAAAGUUCGGGGUACUUCAGAAGGGGCGGUACCCUAACACCCACCACAAGGAUGACGUCACCGAAAACAAAAUGGCGGACAGCAAUACAAGAUGGCGUCGGCCGGAACAAAAUGGUGCCGAGAAAAAGAGCGACGGCAACGCAACAAAAAAGGGGGGCGGUGACCCCCUAGGGGGGGAGGAGGCGUCCAUCUACACGGGGGAGUGGGUGGGGGGGCUGAAACACGGCUACGGGAUUGAGGACUGCAUCGUGUCAGGGUUCAAGUACCAGGGUCAGUACCAGCAGGGGGAGCGGCAGGGGGCGGCGCUCGUCACCACCGCCGCGGGGGGCGUCUGCGAGACCUCCUUCGUGGGGGGCAAACCCUGCGGCCCGGGCCUGGUGGUGAUGGAGGACGGGGCGGUCUACGAGGGGGCGCUGGCCCCCGGCCCCAAGGGCUCCUCCACGCCCCUGGCCCCCCACUGCGGGGGGCGGGGGGCGCUGUACCUGCCAGGGGGCGCCGCCCUUGAAGGGACCUUCGGGGGGGCGCUGCUGCCCCUCGGGGGGGGGCCUCAGGAUCUCCAGUGGGGCCCUACACAGGGGGGGCGCCGUGGGGCCUGCGGUACACAGUGUGGUGGGCAGCCACUGUGGUGGCGUGGAGCUCAAGUGGCGUGCGCUCUUCGCCAACUACGCCACAAUUCUGGGCAUAGACCAGACCUGCCCGGACCCCAGCCCGGACCCCAGCCAGGUGUGGCAGCGGCUGGUACGCCACAUCGCCACCAGGAGCCGAGGGGGGCGCCCCNAGCGUUCAGUGUGGCCCCCCACCCCCUGCAGGAGCUGCGGGGGGCGCUGGUGGGGGCGUUCAGGGCCUCGUACGGCGCCCCCUGCGCUGCCCCCGCCCUCCUCCUCCCCCACGCCCUCGCCGAGGUGAGAUGGUACACCCGCCGCCUGUACCAGCUGGUACGCGCCCUGUUCCCCACCCUGCCCCCCGAGGACGCCCCCCUCCACCUGGACCCCUCCUGCGGGGUCCCACACAAAAUAGUGGUGACUCCAUCGUAUAUUAUCCACCCGCAUCUACUGCCCCUGAUCUACCCGUCCCUGUCUACCCUCUACCUGCUGUGCGGCGCCUCAUCUACCCAGGGUCUACCUCAGCACUGCUACCCUCUACCCUCCUAUGCCCUCGCCGCCCAGUAUACUGGCAACUCUACCCUCUAUACUGGCAACUCUACCGGGAGUUCUACCCUGUAUAGCGAGGGUUCUACUGGCAAGACAGGAAGUUCUACCGUCCAGUACAGUUACGGGGGGCGGCAGCACCCCCUACACGUGGCCUGUACGCAGGCGCCCGCCAGUAGAGACCGCGUAUACUGGCGUAACCUGUGCGUCUGGAACGCCCUUACGGACCAGCAACUGCUGCGGGGGCUGGGAGGUGUGGGGGAGGCAGGGGAGCUGGGGGAGGCCGUGGGGAUAUUCCAGCUGCUCCCCACCACCGUCCUCCCCUGGGAGAAGCUGGCCCUCGUGCAGCGCUGCUUCAGCUGCACCCGCCGGGCGCUGCAGGCGGCUGGUGCAGCAGCGGGUGGGCAGGACGCCCUCCUGCCGGCGCUGGUGCAGGUUGUGCUGCGUGCCCGCGUGCAGCAGCUGGGCACGCACCUGCAGUACAUGGCCGACCUCCUGGACAGCGACCAGCUGGACGGAGAGCUGGACUACAUCUUCACGUCCCUCGUGGCGGCGUAUUGCCAUAUUUGUGAGGCUCCUCCCCCAUCCAGUGGAGGACCGGCAACGGGAUGACGACGCCGCUCAGCCUGACCAAUGAGGAGCCAAUGUUGUCCUAGCGUCACUGCUCCGCUCAGCCAAUGGGGCACCGAUGUUUGGAUGACGUACCGGCCAGCCAAUAGGGUACCGAUGUUUUGAUGACGUCACUGCUCCGCUCAGCCAAUGGGGAGCCAAUGUUGUCCUAGCGUCACUGCUCCUCUCAGCCAAUGGGGGAACGAUGUUCGGAUGACGUCACUGCUCUGCUCAUCCAAUUGGGAAUCGAUGUUUGGAUGACGUACCGGUCAGCCAAUAGGAUACCGAUGUUUGGAUGACGUCACUGCUCCGCUCAGCCAAUAGGAUACCGAUGUAUGGAUGACGUCAUUGCUCCGCUCAUCGAAUAGGAUACUGAUGUUUGAAUGACGUCACUACUCCGCUCAGCCAAUAGGAUACCGAUGUUUUGAUGACGUCACUGCUCUUCUCAGCCAAUGGGGAAACAAAGUUUGGGUGAUGUCAUCAUUCAGCUUGGCUAAUGAUUAACCGAUAUUGUGAUGACUUCAUCAUUCAGCGAAUACAUUAAUGAGCCCAAUGUUUUGAUGACGUCCGUCCUUAUUAAUGCUGCAAUAAUUUAUGCAUAUCAAAGACUCAACGAACGCAGCCCCUGUUGCUGACGCCAGACUUUACGUAAAGUCGACAUGCUCACUCAUCAAUAACUAUUUCGUUACGUUAUUUCCUCAAUAACAUUAACUUAUCCAGUCGUGUCGUUUCCAUUAUUUGUACACUUGUAUGAUAAUGUAAGAUCAAUGUAAAUAAAAGAGACGUUUAUAAUAACUAAUAAUAAUGAAUGAAAGCUCAAGCGCAGAAUACAUGUAUUCACAAAAUGACUUACAAAUUAGAACAGUAAAUUAUUGUUCUUUUUUCUUUGCGUGACGAAGGCAUUGACAGUAAGAACAAAACGUUUAUUUAUGUUACAAUUUUCAUCGUAAA